UUUGAGUUACUGAAUAAAAUUUGUGAAAAAAGUACAGAACGUUUUUCAAGCGUGAAUACAAAGGUUGGCAUGUGUUUAAACUAGUGUUUUGUAAGAUUCUCCGGUUGAUCAUGUCAGACAUCGUCAUCUGUCAUUGCCUCUUCAAUUAAACACUACAUGCGACAAGCUCUUACCUUUCCAAACUUCUGAUGCUGGACGUACAGUUGUCCCUCCUUAACCGGUGGGACACACUCUAAAGCAGUACUGGUUUCUGCUGAGGGACACAUCCUCGCUGAGACAGAUGGACCAUGUACCAAUCACUGGUUGGUUGGUGUUGAUAAUUGCAUUAAUGGUAUCAAUGACAUGGUCCAGAGGGCUAAAAUCAAGGCAGGGCUGGACCCGGACACACCAGUUUGUUCAUUGGGUAUGUCUUUGAGUGGUGGAGAGCAGAAAGCUGCUAUCCAGAAGCUGAUUGAUGACAUGAGGGAGCGAUACCCCAAGCUGAGCCAAAGUUAUUUUAUUACCACCGAUGCCAUUGGCGCUAUGGCCACUGCCAGUGAUUAUGGAGGUAUAGUGGUGAUAUCAGGCACUGGUUCGAACUGUAAGCUGGUCAAUCCAGAUGGCACACAGGUUGGCUGUGGGGGUUGGGGUCACAUGAUGGGAGACGAGGGCUCAGCAUAUUGGAUUUCUCACUUGGCUAUUAAAACGGUUUUUGAUGCCAGAGAUAACCUCGUCACAUCCCCUCAUGAUAUCACCUAUGUUAAGAAGGCCAUGGAAGAAUAUUUCCAGGUGUCAGAUUUGAUGGGAAUGCUUCCUGAUUUGUACAGAAACUUUCAGAAGUCACAUUUUGCAGGGUUCUGUAGGAAACUAGCUGAAGGUGGUAGUGCUGGUGAUGCUUUGUGCCAGCACGUGUUCACAGAAGCUGGAAAAGCGCUUGCACGCCACAUUGUAGCUGUCCUUCCUAAAGUACAUCAGGAUCUGUUUUCUGGCGAGCUUGGCUUGCCUGUUCUAUGUGUCGGUUCUGUGUGGCGCAGCUGGGAACUGAUGAAAUCUGGUUUCACUCAGGUCCUCUCAGAGGCUCAGGCUCAUGGUUACAGUCACUUCCAUAAGUACAGUCUGCUUACUCUUCAUCAGUCCUCCGCUCUGGGUGGUGCCAAAAUGGGGGCCCAGAACGCAGGAGCCAGCCUCCCUCUGGACUACUCAGCCAAUGUCAAUGUGUUUUUCAGCCAUACCUUCAAUCAAUGAUCCGAUCCGGAAGAAACAGACCUUUGAGAUUCUGCUGAAGAACUGAUAGAGAAAUGUGUUUCCAGAUUUUCCUCUUGUUGGGGUUGUUUCUCAAACACCCAUAUAUUCCAAAAAAAAAAAAGAUUUGAAAAAAGCUAUUGUAAAUUUUGGUAACUUUUUUUUUUAAUAAACAUUGCAAAACUCAUUAACAAAAUGUCAUUAAAAAUUGAUAUGGAUACUUUUGAAAAUAAAUGUUUAUAAUUUUGGUGUA